CUCGUCAAGUCACAGACUGUUCCAAAAUUCAACAAUGAAGUGUAUCGCAGCUGUAGUCAUGGUGGCCCUUGCCGUCAACGAAGCGUCCUACGUCCCGUACGCCAACCCAGGAUACGCUGUCGCUCCAGUGGUGACUUACGCCGACGCACAUCACGGACCAACCGUUGUUCAGUCCAACGAUCCUCACAGCUGGGCCUACGCCUCUGCCGUCCACAAUGCCUACCAAGCCCCAAUUGUUUCAGCCUACAACAACCACUGGGAUGUCCCCGCAGCGGUGACCUACGAUGCUGGCCACUACUACGAUAACUACCAUCACGGACACUCCGCUGCCGUGAUCGCUGCCCCAGUUCAGCACUCGGCCACGUACGUCGCCGCCAACCGUGGAGCUGUCCACAAGGCCCCACUCCCUGGACACGCCGUCAGCCAAAAGUCGCUGAACCUGGCACCUGCUCCGGGAACUUUGUGAAGCGCUUUUAAGCUUAUGAUGUAAAUAUUUUUCGGAUCAACUGAAUAAAAGAUUCCUUUCUGUAACAUAGAUAACGUUUAUU